GAGAGCACAAUAACGUGACCCGAGCAAACGGGAAGUUGGAGUCAGGAGAACUUGUGCUCAUAAACACGGCUGGUUAUCUCUGGACCUCUGUCACCGGUUUGUCCGUCUGUUCUAAGCCGGACUGUCUGAAGGUCGAGCUGGGACCCGGAGCAGACAGUUUUUCCAGGCCAACAUGGGCUCCAUGUUUCGCAGUGAGGAGGUGUGCUUGGUGCAGCUCUUCCUCCAGUCCGGUUCAGCCUAUAACUGCGUUAGUGAGCUGGGAGAACUGGGUCUGGUCGAGUUCAGAGACUUGAAUCCAAACGUGAACGCCUUUCAGAGGAAGUUUGUUGGGGAAGUGCGACGGUGUGAAGAACUGGAAAAAACCUUCACUUUUCUAGAGCAGGAGAUCAAUCGCUCCCUGAACCCACCAUUGCAGGGCCCCCUCCUCCCACCAUGCCCGGCACCUUUUGCACCUCAGCCUCGUGAACUCAUCACCAUAGAGGAAGAGACCGAGCGUCUGUCCAGAGAACUUAAAGAGGUGUCCAAGAAUCGAGACAGCCUUCGGGCUCAGCUGACUCAGCUGUGUCAGUACAAAGGUGUCCUCACCAGAACGCACACCCUUACAGCCUCCCAGGCUCCGCCUCCGGUGCUGGAGAGCCACGGCCUGUUUGAUCAACGCCAAGAUGUCCACCUGAGUUUCGUGGCAGGAGUUGUCCAUCCGUGGAAGGUUCCGUCAUUUGAACGCCUGCUGUGGCGAGCAUGUCGCGGUUACAUUAUUGUCGACUUCAGGGAAAUGGAGGAUCGGCUGAAGCACCCGGACACGGGGGAAAUGGUGCAAUGGACAGUGUUCCUCAUUUCUUACUGGGGAGAUCAGAUUGGACAGAAGGUGAAGAAGAUCUGUGAUUGUUUCCACACACAGACAUUUGCAUAUCCUGAGAGUCCCACGGAGAGGGAGGAGAUUCUCCAGGGACUGCAGGGACGAAUCGAAGACAUUCAAUCGGUACUGUCACAGACGGAGACCUUCCUGCAGCAGAUACUGAUGCAGGUCGUGGCCGUGCUGCCCCAGUGGAAGGUCCGGGUUCAGAAGUGCAAGGCCGUCCAGAUGGUACUGAAUCUCUGCAGCCCCUCCGUCACUGACAAAUGUUUGAUCGCCGAGGCCUGGUGUCCUGUCGCCCAGCUGCCAGAACUGCAGAGCGCUCUGAGAGAGGGAGGGGGGGGAGGUGGUGUCGACUCUUUCUAUAACCGCCUGCCGUCCUCCACCUCUCCACCUACAUUGUUUCCAAUCAACUCUUUCACAGCAGGUUUCCAGAGCAUCGUCGAUGCAUAUGGAGUGGCCACAUAUCGUGAAGUCAAUCCAGCGGUAUACACCAUCAUUACAUUUCCUUUCCUGUUUGCGGUGAUGUUUGGUGACGUGGGUCAUGGUAUACUGAUGACGAUGGCUGCCCUCUGGAUGGUUCUGGAGGAGAAAGACCCUAAACUCAAGAAAAACAACAAUGAGAUCUGGCGGAUGAUGUUUGGAGGACGGUAUCUGAUUCUGCUGAUGGGACUCUUCUCCAUCUACACAGGAGCCAUUUACAACGAGUGUUUCAGCCGAGGCCUCACCACCUUCAGCUCAGCGUGGCACGUCGGCCCCAUGUUUGAGAAAAACCUGUGGAACUCAUCAGUCCUUGCAGGAAACGACUUCCUGUCCAUGGAUCCUGUCGUACCCGGCGUCUUCACCAGCCCUUACCCCUUUGGCAUUGACCCUGUUUGGGGGAUGGCCAACAACAAACUUUAUUUCCUCAACUCGUACAAGAUGAAAAUGUCCGUCAUCAUCGGCGUCAUCCACAUGACCUUUGGUGUCUGCAUGUCUUUUUUUAAUUACUUACACUUUGGUCAGGUGAGCAGUAUUUUCCUCGUGCUGAUCCCAGAGCUGUUCUUCAUGAUCUGUCUGUUCGGUUACCUCAUCUUCAUGGUGAUCUUCAAGUGGAUCGCCUACAGUCCAGAUCAGUCCAGAAUCGCUCCCAGUGUUCUGAUCCACUUCAUAGACAUGUUCCUCUUUGCAGAAAAUCUAGACAAUCCUCCUCUGUACAGGGGUCAGAUGGUGGUGCAGAAGGUCCUGGUGGUCCUGGCUCUGUGUUCAGUCCCUGUGCUCCUUCUUGGGAAACCACUGCACGAAUACCUCACCUUCAAGAGGCGACGACCUUUCGUGGAUGAAGAGAGGCGUGUGCUGGUGACUUCGGAGGAAACCUCCAUUAACACUCAUCAAGGGGAGGUGGAGGGAGCAGCUGAGGAGUUUGACACUGCAGACGUCUUCAUGCAUCAGGCCAUCCACACCAUAGAAUACUGCCUGGGCUGCAUCUCCAACACCGCCUCCUACCUCCGACUAUGGGCCCUCAGUCUGGCCCACGCACAGCUGUCAGAGGUCUUGUGGACGAUGGUGAUGCGUAUUGGCCUGAAAUGGCAGGGCUACACGGGGUCGGCAGUUCUCUUUGUAGUCUUUGCCUUCUUUGCUGUGUUGACCGUCUCCAUUCUGCUGGUCAUGGAGGGUCUGUCAGCGUUUCUCCACGCACUGCGUCUGCACUGGGUGGAGUUUCAGAACAAAUUCUACAGUGGAACAGGCUACAAACUGAGUCCCUUCUCCUUCUCUGCUCUGAUCAAUGUGUCUGCUGCGUUAUGAUCAGCUAAAUGGAUUAGUACUUUCCAAUGGUUCACAUUAAAUUUUGUCUUGAGCAGUUGGACUGCAUCUUGAAAAAAAUGCCUGUGUCUUAACAAUGAUGUUCUACUAACUGUAGACAAUAUUUAAUUGACUUGCACAUAGUUCUGCAAACACUGUUAUUUUUGCAUCAGUAUCAUAAGAAUUAGCCUGUUGUUUAAUUCCAAUUACAUUAUGAAAUGAAAAUGACGUUGAUGUUAUUUUAAUUCUACUUUAUCUAUUGUUUUCAAUUUACUCUCUACAGCUAUAAAGAUAAAUAGAAAAACAUUUAAAAGCAAAGUUAUUAAAAAGAAUGAUAAUGAAUGGAUGAAUAAAUUUACUCUGUAGUUUACACACACAUGCGAUUGCUGGGUUGGAACAUUUCACUUUCAUCAGCUUGUGCUGUAGGAUCAUUUCAUAUCAGAAGGGAAUAACAAAUAAGGUGUUUAAGAGCCAAUGGUACUUUCACAGUCAAUGCCACGUCUUCCAAGAACAAUUCCCAGCAGGUAUUUGGUGGUAGUUAAAACGUUAAAAGUUUUUAUGUGCCUUAAUGAACCUGAGUGUUUAUUCAUUUUGCCUUUUGGAUGAAUAGUAAUCCAGCGCUGUGAACAAAGUAACUGAACAUGUUUUUGUUUUGUCCUGCCGAUUUGCACUGUAAAAAUCUGAAAUGCAAUUAAAAAUGGUUUUCUUGA